AUGCUGAAGCGCUACGUAGCCAUCGGCACGUACACCAGGCUCCUAGGGGAUCACAGCAUUUUCCACCUCAUCCCGACCGACAACGAAGACGAUGAAAUUGACGCUUUGUUGCUCGUGCUUGACGAUCUUGAAUCGGCGACGUUGGCGCUACAAGAAGCCACGUCCAUACUGGAUGUCCGUAACCUCUUCGACGAGUGUACGUUGCUGUACCCGUCGGCUUCAAACGCCUGGAGCCUUGUGCAGACGUCGUCGGACACGCGGAUUUUGAAAUUGGAAUCACCAAGAUAUGGACCAAUCAAUUGCUACCAUGAGUGA